CGCUCCUUGUCUCUUAGCUUGAACCUUAACUCCCCGACGUCAGCAACAGAAUGCACGACUGCCUCAGAAUCCCAGAGCUCAUCGCAUCCAUCGCAACCCAUCUAGAUCAGCCUUCUCUGGCUGCGCUUGCACGGUUGUGUAAGGUGACGCAAGAACCCGCGUUGGAUGCCCUUUACACCGAGAUUUGGAGGUUGCAGGACCUGCUGUGCGGGCUGGAUGACGAUUUAUGGGAUUUGACAGACAAAGGAAGAACCGUGCUCAGGAAUAUAGAAGAAGCCCAACCUCACGUCGCUGUUCAACUAGCGGGUCAGCAAUGCGACUCGCUGUUGGAUCUCAACUUGUCAUGCCUCGACGGCUACAGUCACGACUCCACGGCGGAGCAGCUCGCUGUCGCUUUCUCCCAGCUGAAGAACGUCAAAUCUAUCCGUUUUUUUGAUAGUUGCAUGGGCUCCCGCGUUGGAUGGGUCCCGGCCUUUGCUUGCGCACCCUCUCUUCGCACCCUCAACCUUGCUGUGGCAUGUGUCUCCCACGUUGUCGAAAAUCCCUGCGCCCUGAGCUCGACCUCGCACUUCUCCAUUGAUACGUUUUAUACUCCGUAUUCGUUGGCCGGAUUGAUCCAAACCCUCAGCGAAGCGCUGCUCCCGGAAAAAGUCACCUCUAUCCAGCUCUCCGUUGGACUGCCUCACCUUGGAACCCCAAGAGGACCAAGGGACGGCAUAUCCUUCGCUGACAUCCGAGGGUUACUCACAUUCACUAAACUGAAAAAGCUCAUCAUCUCCUCGGACGUUGCCCCGCUCCUGAGCGACGCUCACAUGGAGGAGCUCUCUACCGCCCUUCCAUUGCUCCGUACCUUCCAAUACUCGUGGAGUCCCGCCCUACAUCGGGACAACAGAACGGCAGAGCACGGUGGUUAUGAGAUCCAACACUGGUGGGCAGGCGAAAGACACGGUGAUGUAGUCACUCUAGCCGGUCUUGCUGCGCUGGUAUCAAACUGCCCCGACCUUGUGUCGGUCGCGCUUAUCGUCGAUGCUCGGCAAAUUGAGAACGCAUCCCCGAGGGAUAUCAAGGUGAAGGCGGGGUCUGGCUCGCGUGUCACAAACCUCUGUCUGUGGUGCUCGCAGGCCAAUGAUGCGGAGUAUGCCGGGGCAUGUCUAAAGGCCAUGUUUCCGCAACUCGUCAAGUUCACGACUCCUGCUUCGCCUUGGACUUGCCAGUCGGUCUGGAAAAGUGUCAAGAUUGGCCUAUUGACAAAGUCGUCUUGA